AUGAAGGUCCAGAGUUUUACAGGACCUAUCGUAUUCCUGAGUGCGUUGCUAUCAGGAUGUGCUGCUGCUCCUUAUAACUGCAAUGGAAUUGAAAUCAACAUGAACGAUGUUUCGAAAACUUUUGGCUUGGUCCAUUCGGGACGAUAUGAAUCACAGCUACUUAAAAUCAGUUUAGGUGAACUUUACAGCUAUCAAAAUGUUUAUCUGUUUCCCAUGUCAUUUGAUGACAAUAGUAAAGUUAGACAAGGAGAAGAAAUUUAUUUAGUUAUGAGCCUUCAAAAGAGCGAAUAUGGUGCGGUUCAAAAAAUUGGUUCAAAUUACAGUAAAUGUACAUAA